CAAUGGAUACUCGCUACCAACCAGAAGGCCUGUCCUUUGGACCAAAAGACACCUUCAGCCCUAAUUUCGAGAACAACGGUCAAUUCCCUCUCCCACCAAACCAGCAGCAACCUCAAUAUGCACCUCCACCUCAGCCUCACCAUAUGAGCCAGCAGUACGGCGGUCUACCUUCCGGACCUCGUAUGCAAACUCCUCAGCAGCAAGGACAGUAUGGUCUACCUUCUGGACCCCGUCAACAUUCUCCUCAAUCAAGUCGAGAUGUGAACAACUACUCCCGCCUGUCCAACCCUCAACAGCAACAACAAACACCCGAGCAACAACAGCUACAGCCAAAUCAGUACCAGCCGCAACCUCAGGUCGCACAACAGAACCAGUUCUCCUUUGAGUCCGGCGAGACUACUCGCACCAACACAUGGGCAGCCAACUCACCAGCAGCAACACCUGCGCCUAUGUACGCAUCUAAUGGAGGAGGCUACUUUCCCGGUCCGGUUGAUGCUAAUGGAUACCGCAUCGACACGAAGGAGAGGCAGCCAGAGCCAGAGAACCCUUUCAGGGACCAACCUCCUCAGUCGCCACCCCAGAUGGACGAUAUCGAUCUCGAGAAGCACAAGCAUGCCGAUGGCCACUCGGAAUGGGACAAGCACACCAAGAUCCCUGGCAGGAAGGAUCCCAACCAGCCAUACCUCACUUUCGGACAACGGCUCAAGCACUACACAUGGGCGAACUACACCCUGACGAUGGCUACUGGUGGUCUCGGCACGCUUAUCGCCAUCCAGCCCCAUUCUUUCCCCGGUCUCAUCACCAUCGGCGCCGUUUUCUACAUUCUCAACCUCAUGCUGUUCACUGCCGUCACAAUGACAAUGGUCCUCCGCUUCACCAAGUACGCUGGAUCCUUCAAGGAAUCUAUCAAACACGAACGUGAAGGACUCUUCCUCGGACCCUUCUUCCUGUCGAUCGCUACAAUCAUUACCGGAACGCAGAAAUAUGUCAUAGAAGCGUACGAAGAGGAUCACCCGAAUCGGGCGUGGGCAAUCACUACCAUGGCAGUCGCUUUCUGGGCAUACACCUUCAUCACUUUCUGCUUGGCUUCCUUCCAGUACUCGUUCCUGUUCUGCAGUCACACCUACAAGCUUACCAGCUUCAUGCCCUCGUGGCUGCUCCCCAUCUUCCCUAUCAUGCUUGCGGGUACAAUCGCCUCGGUCAUUGCCAAAUCACAGCCCGUAUCGUCCAGAAUGCCUAUCCUGGUUGCCGGACUUGGAUGUCAGGGUCUUGGAUUCACGGUUGCUAUUCUCAUGUAUGCGCACUAUAUUGGUCGUCUGAUGCAAGUCGGAUACCCCGAUCGUGAGCAUCGAGGAGCCAUGUUUAUCGCUGUCGGACCGCCUUCUUUCACCUGUUUGGCCCUGAUCGGUAUGGCCAACGCUCUUCCUGACGACUUUGACUUGCAAGGUGACGGCCUUGUCGACGCGAAGCUACUCCGGACUCUGGCUCUCAUUGUCGCACUCUUCCUUUGGGUAUUGGCUAUGUGGUUCUUCAUGAUCACCCUCGUCGCCGUCAUCAACUCGUGGGCUGUCUACUUCCAUCUCGGAUGGUGGGCCAUGGUCUUCCCCAACACCGGAUUCGUCAUCGCCACCAUCUCGAUCGGCAACGCGCUGAAAGACGAAACGGUGCUCUUCGUGGGGAACGGCCUUACCAUCGCCAUCAUCACGAUGUGGUGCUUCGUCCUAUUCAAACACGUACAGGCGAUCUAUGUCGCCGACAUCAUCUACCCCGGCAUGGACGAAGACAUUGCAGACCACUAA